UAAGUGGAGAACAGGGGAACAAGAAUAAGCCAGGAGGGACAGAGAUGCUGCACCUGCUAACAAUCACCUGAGGAGACGAGCCAGAGGGUAAAAACACAACAAAACCAAGAAGAAAAGACAGUUUUCUCAGCAUGGUGGGACUGUUUCACAUCUGAGAGGAUCUCCUUCAUCAUCACACAAGUUAUCUGUUGGUGCCAUGGCUGACUCAAGCUGGUGGAAGCUGACGUUCUCACGCAAGAAGAAAUCUGAGCCCAAAGUUCUGUAUGAGAUCCCAGCGGAGCACACCAACAAUGGCAACAAGGAGCAACCGCACAGCCCCGCAGACAAUAUGGACAGCCAGUUUAACGCCAGACUGGAGAAGAUAGUAGAUAAAUCUGCCACCAAGGGUCGCCACGUCAAGGUCUCCCACUCCGGUCGCUUCAAGGAGAAGAAGAAGGUCCGAGCCACCCUGGCCGAGAACCCUAAUCUAUACGCAGAGCACCACCUCAGCAACGAGAACCAUAAAAAUAAGACUGACAUGUAACUUUAUCAUCAUAAACAUGUCAUAAGUCACGGUCAACGUCUCUGGGGAGGGUUGAGAAAACCCAAUAGAUUCAAACCAAAUCAACGAAGUGGAUCAGAAAACAAAUCCAAUCAAUGAUCAGUUCUGAAGGAUGUCCUCUACCAACUGCUCCUCUUGAAUGAUUACAAGAAUGAAAUAAUCCAUCCAUCCUCAUUUAACACUUCUGUGAAUUUCAUUUUUAAGUUUUUAUUGCUUUAAUAUGAAGUUCUUUUUGUUUUAAUAAAAUAGUAAAUUUUAUGAACAAACUAAAUAAAAGCAUUUAAAAUGGUGCCCUGAAGCUUUGUGUUAAACACAUUCAUUGACCCCUAUAGUUUCUACAUGUCAAAAACAAUUACAUUUUUAUAAAAGAAAAACAAAUUAUACAUAUUUUUAUCAUCUUAGAAAUAAAAAAGAAAAAGUAACGUUUCUAGCACAUGAAAUGAACCACUCAAUGUAUUUGUCGCCACUUAAAUGUUGCUUCAAUGCUUUUUAAGAUAUUUUUCUUUUUAGUCAAAACAUUUGCUUAACAUUGUAAUAAAAGUUUUUUGUAUGUAGAAAAUGAAUAAAUCAAAUAUUUAAUGAAUAAAAGGUGUAAAUGCUGA